AAUGUACUUCGAUAUUCGACUUGGGAUUCAGCUCAACAAAAGUUACAAACUUUGACUAUAAAAUGGGAUUCUUAUACAAUAAACCAAGUUCUAAAACACACCCACCAAUGGAAAAGGCAUGGUUGUUUUUUAACUGGGCAUUUGGGUUAAAAACCUUUAAACAUGAUCAGUUUACGUAUACGACGAUGAUCGAUAUUUUUGGGGAAGCAAGGCGGAUUUCGUCAAUGUGGUUAGUUUUUGACCAAAUGGUAAAGAAUGGGAUUAAAGUCGAUGUUGUUACGUAUACUGCAAUGCUGCAUUGGCUUUCGAACGAUGGGGAUAUUGAUGGGUCAGUGAAGUUGUGGGAGGAGAUGAAGGAAAAAGGGGUUUACCCGACUGUUGUAACAUAUACUGCUUAUAUGAAAGUUCUUUUUGAUCAUGGGAGAGUUAAGGAAGCUAUUAAGGUUUAUAAGGAGAUGAUUCGGUCUGGUUGUCCCCCUAAUUGUUUUACUUAUACCAUAUUGAUGGAGCAUCUAGCUAGUUGUGGAAAAUUCAGCGAGGUCCUAGACAUCUUUAUCAAGAUGCAAGAAGCAGGGGUUCAACCUGAUAAAGCUACAUGCAAUAUCUUAGUUGAAAAUUGUUGCAAAGCAGGUGAAACACAGGUUAUGAUGAAGGUUCUUCAAUAUAUGAAAGAAAACUCGCUUGUCCUACGCCAACCAAUAUAUACAAAAGCUCUUGAAACUUUAAGAAAUGCAGGGCAAAAAGAUGUUCUCCUUAAGGAAUCAAAUCGUCAUUUAUCUAUACAUUACAACAAGAAAGUGGAACCCCUAGAUGACACUAAUUCUGAUACAAACUCCAUAGAUCAACAGCUUGUGUUAUAUCUUUUGGGCAAAGAGCACUUUGUUGGUGUUGAUUAUUUGAUUAAAGAGAUGAUGGUUAAGAAGGUUGUGCUGACUUCCAAGAUUAUUGCAUUGGUUAUGGAAGCAUACGUUGCUCAUGAGAGGACUCUUGGUGCUGUUUUGGCAUAUGAGUAUGGUAAGAAAAUGGGGAUAAAGUUUGAGAAAAUUUCAUAUCUUUCCUUGGUGGGUUUGUUUAUUAGAACAAACUCUUUCCCAAAUAUUGUGGAUAUUGUUGAGGAUAUGGUCAAAGAUGGAAUCUUUCUUGGAAUUAAUCAAAGUGCAUUGUUAAUAUACAAGCUCGGGUGUGCUAAAAAGCCCAUUUUAGCUGCCAAAGUGUUUGACUUGUUGAAUGAUGACGAGAAGAACACAACAACUUACACUGCCUUAAUGGCAGCCUACUUUGCUUCAAGAAAUACUUCUAAAGGACUCCAGAUAUUCAAAGAGAUGAAGGACGUGGAGAUUCCUGUUGCUAUCGGAACUUACCAUGUGUUAUUGGCUGGUCUUGAAAAAGGCGGCAGAGUUGUUGAGUAUGAGGUGUAUAGAAAGGAGAAAAAGCAGAUGCAAAACACUAGUUUUUGUAAAAAUCAAGAAUCUGUAGAAGAAAUGACUUGUAACUUGUUGUUUGCCCCACCCUUAGAAAGGGGGUUUACAUGAGGGUUUAUUGACAACAAGUUUCUUUGUUAUUAAAAAUUAAAAUUCAAUUCUCUUAUGAGGUGUGUUUGGUUGGGUGAAAUGAAGCUAGAGAAAUGGAAAUAAUUACAUUUACCCUGUUUGGUAGAUUUGGGGAAUUGCUGACACAGAGAAAUGAUAAUUUCUUAGGAAUUCAGUUUGUCUAUAAUUUGUUCUCCACCUAUUUUGAAGAGAAUUCAGUUUUGCUGACGAAGAUUUCUCUGCCCCUUUUAUUGAGAAAUUGAGGCAGUUCCAACAAAAAGGAAGCAUUCACAGAUAAGCAAGUUUCGCACAUGUUUUAAAUAUUCUCCCGAGCUGUAUUUUCUCUUGUCAUCUGCUUAUCUCCCUUGCUUGCUUCUCAUCGCCCUUGAUUGUUUAUCAUCGCCAUUAUUUACAGCUGAUAAGAUUAUAUUUGGCGCUGCUGUUAUAACAAGAGGCAUCCGUGGGCAAGAAGGUGAACCCAGUAUCUUAUAUGGGUUUAGCCGACCAGUUAUAGGUGGACCGUAUAAAUGACAACGUUCAAGUUAUGUUUUGAUGAAUCAAAGCGGAAGAGCAGGUUGUUAUUGAUAAUGAAUCAUUAUGGAAGAGCAAUUUUGGUGUUAAUCUCGCAAGGGGUAUAGGCUAUUAGCCUAUUAGGCUCAGCUUGAAUACGGAAAGUCGGAAACUAUGUCCCCAGGAAUAAUUGUUCGUUCAAAGUUAAGACUUUUUAUUGGACCGAACAACUUCAUCAGUUUCUCUUAUGUAAUAAUAUUGAUAAUCUAGUGUUCAUUUUGAUAUAAUUUUAUAUGGUCAGUGGAAGUAUGUUUUUCUUUUUUAAUGUUAGUUUUGUAAAAGUGUGAAAAUAACAUGUGUUGAACAAAAUUGUGGUACUAUGGCAAUUAUAAUUUACUCUCA